AUGCGUCUCUCGCAGUGGACUCAUUUUCUUAGUCUGCCGGGCUGGCUACGCGUCGCUUGCGCCGAGGCAACGUCUCCAAACAACCACGAAACACCCGUCUACCAUGGUGGUCUUCGGGAUGAUCAGCAAUCAAUGCUAGGGUUGUGUCCUGACUACACUAAUUAUGCCAGGCGCAGACACAAGCCCUUCAGCGAGGGCCCUCUAGAACUUCCAUACCAGCGCCCGCACCCAGCAUGCCGCAAAUUCAGCUCUCCAGCUGCCGAGAAAGUGAUAGAUGAUCUCUUCCCACACUUCAAGGAUCCCGAUCUGGCACAGCUCUUCCGUAACGCUUUUCCCAACACCCUCGAUACAACCGUCCUCUGGCACGUCGACGGUGUGAAGUCCCAGGCGCUGCCCUCUCGCAUGCUUACCAGGGAUAGAAACAUAUGGAAGCAAGACCGGGCAUAUUCGUUUAUUGUGACUGGCGAUAUCAAUGCAGAAUGGCUACGUGACUCAACGAAUCAACUCCAGCAGUACCAGGGUCUUGCAAAAUCGGCCCCAGACAUCAAGGCUCUCCUACUGGGAGCGAUCAAUACACAAGCAGAGUUCGUCAUAGCUUCGCCAUAUUGCAAUGCUUUCCAACCGCCCGACUCUUCGCGCCUUCCGCCUGUACACUCAGGCCAGGACGACUAUGUACACCCGGCAUAUGAGCCUAGCAUAGUCUUCGAAUGCAAGUAUGAACUCGACAGUUUAGCAAACUUUCUGUCCCUGGGGAACCAAUACCACGCGGCAACUGGUGCGCUUGACUUCCUAACCGCACGCUGGUACAAAGCCCUUGACAGCGUGCUUCGUGUGCUCGAGGCUCAGUCGACUCCUACAUUUGACCGCGAGACAGGGAGGUUCGAGCCCAAUGAAUACUCGUUCUCGCGCUCCACGCGACAAGGGACGGAAACACUGAAUCUCGGCGGAAACGGGAACCCUCUAGCUGGUAAGACCGGCUUGGUCCGCUCUGCUUUCCGCCCUUCAGACGACGCGACAACGUUUGGCUUCCUGAUCCCGAGUAACGCGAUGAUAGUCGUCGAACUCGCACGGACAGCAGACGUUCUUGAGAAAGCCGCCAAAGCAGAGUCGACGCCCGAGUCAGAUGCGAAGUUCAUUGAGCAAGUCGCGGCAGACCUCAGGCGCAGGUCUGAGACCAUCAAAGAAGGUAUCUACAAUUACGCCAUCGCCAAACACCCGGAGUUCGGCGACGUGUUCGCGUACGAAGUCGACGGGUACGGAAGCCAUCUACUGAUCGAUGACGCAAAUGUACCGAGCCUUUUGUCCCUGCCGCUCCUAGGCUUCGUCAGCGCCAACGACCGGGUCUACCAGAAUACACGUCGAAUGAUCCUCACGCAGCGAGGUAAUCCGUACUAUCUCUCCGGGCCGAAAUUCCACGGCAUCGGCGGCCCGCAUAUCGGGCUGAGGAACGCAUGGCCGAUGAGCGUCCUCGUGCAGGCCAUGACGAGUGAGAACGACGAGGAGAUCUUGGACUGUCUCGCACGUGUGAAGAAUAUCAGUGUUUUUGGGCUGAUCAACGAGAGUGUCGACGUCCAUCGUGGUGUCGGCAGCACGGGCGACGGAAUGACGCGCAGUUGGUUCGCGUGGGCGAACAGUGUUUUUGCUAGGACGGUUCUAUGGCUCGCAGAGGAGAAGCCGGAAUUGUUGUUGAAGAGGAAGGGCAGAUACGUUGUGGGUAAAGGGUGGACAGAGCUGGACGAGGCACCACGCAGCUGA